AUGCCCGCCCAACUGCCACGGGCCUCUUUUGACCCGAUCGCACCUGAUUUUGACCUCAGUGAGCUCGUGGAGGAAACGCCCAAUUUUCAAUAUGCACCCCGCAUUCCUUGUGACUUGAUCAAGGAGCAGGGUAUCGAGGCCUUCGAGAAGGCUGUACUAUUACAUGUCAUUCUGGGGGGUAAGCCAUUGGUGGUUGAAGGAUUUCACCAUCAGCUAGAUCAAUGGACUUUCACUCCGGCAUGGCUACAGGACAAUCUUGGGCAAAAAGUCGAGAGGUCGCGCAACCUUACAACCCAAGAAGACCUCCCCUUGACCAUCGCACACUACCUGAGGAGUAUGCCCGUCCUCGCCAAUCAGUGGAACGAGAAAAAUUACAAAGACCCCGAUCGCCAGCGAAUCUACUUAAAGGACAUUGACUGCCCGGAAGUUUGGCAUGACAAGUUGAAGGAGAAGAUACCUCCGUUCCUCUUCUAUCUGAAUGAGACAACAGGUGAUCUCGGGGCCAGGGCCGGUGACCUCAUGAGUAGUUUACCCCUUGACAUGCGAGCGGAGAAUAUGAUGUGCUACAUUGGUCAUGAGGGAACGUACACGCCAGCACAUCGGGAGAUGUGCGCGAGCCUUGGUCAAAACAUUAUGGUCGAAGCUUCUAACGGAUUAUCUCGAGAUGGAAAGCUGGAGAAACCUGGUUCAUCAAUUUGGUUCAUGACCGAGUCAAAGGACCGGCACUUAGUCUCGGAGUACUGGCUCUCUGUCCUCGGUCACGACAUCGAAGUGGAGUCCCACUUUGCGCAGGUCAAUGCUUGGAAGCAAGCCCCUUUUACAACCUAUGUUGUUGAGCAAAAGGUUGGCGACUUCAUCCUCAUUCCGCCUCUGGCGCCUCACCAGGUCUGGAACCGGGGAACACGAACCAUGAAGGCUGCAUGGAAUCGGACCACUGUGGAAACGCUUGAGAUGGCGCUUCACGAGGCACUUCCGCGCGCUCGCAUGGUAUGCCGUGAUGAGCAAUAUAAGAACAAAGCCAUUGUUUAUUACACUCUUAACAAAUACUCUGACUUGCUCCGUCGAGUGGAAAUUCAGCGCAAGGAAGAUUUUGCCUUUAAUACCGAACGAGAUCUCAUGCGCAGUCCCAAAAUUCGACAGUUAUUCAAAGACUUUAAACGCCUGUUUAAGCUCUACACCACAAUUUUACUGUCAGAGAUGUUCUCACCCGAUUCGCCCGCGGAGAAGCAUGUUCAAUUUCUCCCCUUUGACAGCAACGUCACGUGCGCUUACUGUAGGUCCAACAUUUUCAAUCGUUUCUUGACUUGCUCUACUUGCAUAAUUCCUCUGGAGAAUGGGGAAGAAGAUAAUUACGAUGUUUGCAUGGACUGCUUCACGAUGGGACGAAGCUGUGGAUGCUUGUCCAAGUUUAAGUGGGUUGAGCAGUUUCAGUGGAAGGAUCUUGUUCAGAAGUAUGACGACUGGCGACAUCAAAUCAUCUCUCUCGAUGGUGCCAUAACUGAAAAGUCCCCUCAGCCCCUUGACGAGGAGCGCAAGAGGUUGGGCAAGAAAACAUUGGCGCAAAUUUGCCAGGAGCAGUUGAAGAUCCGUCCAUGGAGAGACAUUAACAAGCCUCCUUCGCCUCGAGAGGAGGAACCAGAAGAAGAUUUAGAUAACGAAGACGAUGAAACUCCCAAGCGACGCAGAAAGAAACGGCGGUCACAGAAGUGGCUGAAGGAAAAUCUAAACUGCCACAUAUGCAAGAACAGAGAAGAGAAGUGGAAGUUGGCACACUGCGAAUGUGGUCUGUAUUACUGCUAUGGCAGUCUCUUUCGUGCAUUUGAUCUCAUGCCGCAAACCGUGAUGGAGAAUCCCAACUGGCGCUGCCCCAAGUGUCUGAAGAUUUGCUCUUGUGGAGCUUGCCGAAAGAAUCCGGAUCAGAAUCCCUUUGAACCAAGAGGUACACUUCUCGGUCAUGAUACCAAAAGGAUUGCGGACGCUCGCAGUAUCGAGAGCCUGGUCGACUUUGGCCAUUCUAAUCUGAAAUGGUUGAAAUCCACUGCCAGAGAGGAUGAGCCACACGAGACCGGGCAGCUACGGCGGAAGAGAGAAGAGGCUGAACAGGCCAAAUCACAUAAUCCUACUCUGGACGACCAUUAUGUCGAGGAUUGGGAA